AUGGGUCCCUGUACUCGUUCGCUUCUCGGCUUCUUCUCCGUAAUCGUCUUCGGAUUCGGGGUGUGCGAUGGCCUCAUUGAAGGCGACGACCAUUCGGAGAUUCAGACCUUCGGUAGAACCUCACCCCUGAACUCUGAAGAAGCAAUCAGUAUUGGAACGGCCUUUCGCAUACACUCGAUUUCCGACAUCAACGCGGUGAAGACUCAAUUCAGUGUCGAUUGCACGGUGCAGUUCUACUGGGAACUCGACAGCCAAACAUGGAACUACACGAAAGUCGUGAUGAGAAAAAACGGAAUCGAUCCCAUCGAUUUGUAUCGCUUGGGAAACGUGCCCGCGAACAAAAUGUCACUAUUCUGGUUGCCCGAUCCAUAUUUCCAAGAAGCGACCGAGGUCACCUUGCCUUCCGCGGAUACGCCGAACAAGAGUUUCUCCAUCGCGAAUUUCGAAAGCGCUCCCGAGAUAGAAGGAUCCGCUGUAUGCACUCUCAAAAUUAAGCAGAGACUAAUCGUGAAAUGCAGCAUGUCUUUCCGUGAUUUCCCGUUCGAUUCUCAAACCUGUUUCCUGAACCUUCGGAGCUUCUCUUACCCGAAAGAGGACCUCAAGCUCACCGCCGCGGACGAAAUGUACGUUGACGAGUUUUUCGUCUCGGAACAAGGGCCUUAUCUCUUGGAAAGCGCUGUCGAGGUCGCGAUCGAUUGCGAAUACACAAAUCCGCCGACGGGAGCCGAAUACGCAGGUGUGUGCGUUAGAUUCACGUUCACACGUCAGAUAUUCUACCAGUUCUUGUCGAGCUACCUUCCGUCGAUCCUGCUCGUGCUCGCCUCGUUCGCUCCGUACUUCAUGAGCGUUGAGUCUACGCCGGAACGUUUGAACGUUUCCAUCACACUCCUCCAGGCAAUCAUCACCGUAUUCGCGCAGUCUCGCAAAGCCUCCAUUCCGGCGCUUUCGUAUGCAACGCGGAUGGACAUGUACAUUUACGCCUGCAUUUACUUCGUCAUCGUCUCGAUCGCGCAGUCCAUUAUAGUCAACGUUCUCGUCAGUAAAAACAAGCGCCGCUUGCUUGAACGACUCGAGGAAACGCCGUUACUCAAAACGAGAACACCGGUCGACAUUAACGACGUCCACCUUAGAACCAAGGAGCGUUUCGCAGAGUUCCAGCUCCGAAAGAUGCGUUCGCGACGGGGACACGACUCUACGUCGUCAGCAGGGAUAUGCGACUCGCUUCGCGGAUUAUGGCGACGAAUGAUCAACACGGAUCCCGUUAGUUUCGACAGAUUAUCGGGUCGGAUAAUCCCGUUCGCUUUUGUCGGCUAUAACAUUUAUUAUUGGGUAGAGACAUCGAAACUCAAGAAAUAG